AUGCUCCUCAAAAACUCAGCUGGAGCGAUAUACUCCUCCACGUGCUCAUUACCAUUCAUUUUAUUCCCGCCAUCUACCAUCCCAACUUCGACCCAGAGCACAAAAACAAAACACCCACCAGCGAGACCUCGUACACACUCAUCAAACCGCUUCACACCCCAACCAUCCCGCCGCUACGCAACAAAACCCCCCAACUCCAACGCAGACCUGCCCCCAUGGCCACGAUCGCCACACCCAACACCCUACGAAAUAUUCGGCAUCCAACGCGGAACACCAUACACAAAACGCCGUUUCUACCAACUAGUAAAGCUCUACCACCCCGACACGCACGACAAAGAAACCACAACCCCCUCCCCCACGCUCACCCACGCAACCCGCCUCGAGAGAUACCAUCUCAUCAUCGCAGCCAACGACCUCCUAAGCGACCCCAAUAAACGCCGCCUCUACGACCACCACGGCAUCGGCUGGACGGACGUCCACCGCGCCCCUAACCUCCGCGAGGCAGACAAAGCCUGGCGACACCAGCCCGGCAAUGCCUCCCGCAAUGCCACCUGGGAGGACUGGGAGGCGUGGCGCAACGCCCGCGCCGGCAAGCCCAGCGAGCCCAUGUACAUGAGCAACGGGACGUUUGCCGCCCUCGUGGUGUGCAUGUGCAUGAUUGGGGCGCUGGCGCAGAUGAACCGCGCGGAGGCGGCGGGCGAGCAGUACGUUGAUUUCGUGCAGCAGAAGGAUUGGGCGAUAGGCCAGAAGAUGAGGGAUAAGAGUGUGGCGGCGGCGGGGAGGACAAAGGACGAGAGGGUGGACACGUUUUUGAGGGAUAGGGAGAAUUUGUCGUUUGAGUUUCAGCCUGGGAGGUAUGAUGGGCCUACCUCUUCGGGGGAGUAUAAGUGA